AUGACUGCGGAUGUCGAAGCGGUUCUCGCGCGCUUGCGCAGCGUGCUCGAUCCGGUGGAGGGGGCGGCGCCCGCGCGUCCCCUCCAUGGCGACGGGGAUCUGGAUGAUGUGACGCGUCCGGUGGGGCGCAAACUCAAGCCUGCUGCGGUGCUGGCGCUGCUGGUCAAGCGCGACAGCGGUCUGACAGUCCUGUUCACCCGGCGCGCGGACCAUUUGCAGGCCCAUGCCGGGCAGGUCAGUUUUCCGGGCGGGCGCCAGAUGGCGGGCCGAGAAACCCUUGCUGAAUGCGCUCUGCGCGAGACCGAGGAAGAGGUGGGUCUCUCGCCCGAGGCCAUCACCCUGCUGGGGCGCUGGGAAAGCUAUGAGACGGUGACCGGUUACGCAGUGACGCCGUUCGUUGGCGUCAUCGAGCCCGGAUUUGAACUGAACCCGGACCCCGGUGAAGUCGCCGAAGUGUUCGAGACGCCGUUCGACUUUCUGAUGGAUCCGGACAAUCACAAACUCGAAGCCCGUGAAUUCGCAGGGAUGUUGCGGCGUUAUUACGCCAUGCCCCAUAAAGGGCGGUAUAUCUGGGGGGCGACAGCGGGCAUGCUGCGCGCCCUGUCGAUCCGCUAUGCACAGGGGCGGCCACAGCCGUUGAUGACCCGCAUCUUUCUUCUGAUGCUCGCCGCCUUCGCGCUGCCUUAUGUCGCGGCGCGCAUCCUGUCGGCCGUGGGCGUGAUCAAGCAGCCUGUCUCCGCCAUUCUCGGCAUUGUGCUGGGUCUGGGCGCGGCGAUGGUCAUGCUCCUUGUCAUCGUGCUGGUUGAGACUGAUUCCAGCUCCCGCGACGGCGCGUAUCAGCCGCCCCGGCUGGAGGAUGGCGAGAUCCGGUCGGGCAUGCGGCUGGACCCUUCCGAGCACGCUUUUCUGAGCGCGCCUGACACGCGUGCGGUGCUGGACGCGAUCAGCCCGGGCGAGACGGAUCGAGCGCGCAUCGUGGGUGGCGCGGUGCGCAAUGCGCUUCAGGGCGCGCCGGUCGAGGAUGUGGACAUCGCCACGCAGCUGACCCCGCAAGAAACCCUGGACGCGCUGAAAGCCGCCGGGAUCAAGGCGAUUCCCACCGGGCUCGAUCACGGCACCAUCACCGCGGUCAUCAAGGGCAAGCCGUUCGAGAUCACGACGCUGCGCAAGGAUGUCUCCACCGAUGGCCGGCGCGCCGUGGUCGCCUUUACGACCGACUGGGCCAUCGACGCCAGCCGCCGCGAUUUUCGCCUCAACGCCAUUUAUGCGCGCCGGGAUGGCAGCCUGUUCGAUCCGUAUGACGGUGUUGCGGACGCGCUGGCCCAUCGGGUGAUCUUCAUUGGCGAGGCGGAUGAGCGCCUGGCCGAGGACGUCUUGCGCAUAUUGCGGUUUUAUCGCUUCAACGCCUGGUAUGGCUCGGCGCUGGACCCGGAAGGCCAUGCCGCCUGCGUGCGCGCCGCGCCCGGGUUGAAAGCGCUGGCGCGGGAGCGGGUGUGGAAAGAGCUCAAGACGCUUCUGGCCGCCCCCGACCCCGGACCUGUGGUCAAAGCGAUGCAGGAAGGCCACGUUUUUGAACCGGUUUGGCCGGAACGGCUCGACUUAAACCUUCUCUUAAGCAUAAUUAACGCCGACAGAGGGAAAGGGCGCGCGCCUGACACGCUCAUCAGGGCGGCGGCGUUGUGCGGGGGAGAUGUGACCACAGUGCGCAGCCUGGGCCAUCAGAUGAAGGCGUCCAACGCAGAGACAGAUCGCCUGAUCGCGAUGUGCGCCCCUGCGGCUGAUGGCGCAGAUUCGGUGCGGCCGGGAGCAGAGGCCCGGGCGCGUCGUCGGGCGCUUUAUACGCUUGGCGCGCAGACCUUUGCUGACCGGAUGCGACUCGCCGAAGCGCGCGGCGAGGGCGAGGCCGACGCUGAUCUGGACGCGGCGGCGCACUGGCGCAAGCCGGACUUGCCGGUGACGGGGCGCGAUCUGAUCGCGCUGGGUUUCGAGCCCGGUCCCCAGCUGGGCGCGGUGAUGAAACAGCUUGAAGCGCGCUGGAUCGACAGUGACUUCAACCUCGACCGCGAGACGCUUCUGGCGCGUGCGGCGGAGGCGAAAGGCGGCGAAUUGUUCGCCGCGGAUCUGCAUCUGCAUGAUCGCCGGGCGCUGGAAGAGAAGGCCAAGGCGCUCAACUUCACUGAAGCGGAGACCACCAACGCCUUUGUGGAUGCCGAGAUCGCCCUGCGCAUCCAGCUCGCCAAGACCAUCAGCGCCGCCAAUGAGAAGCGCAAGAUCAAGGACUUGCCCCGCCGGGCGCGCCAGACCAUGGCGGACGCCUAUCUGCAGGCGAACCGGGCGCACUGGUCGGCUGCGGCCGAAGCGCCGGGUUUCGAGAACCUGUUCCAGACCGAAGGCGAGAUUUCCCAUCGCGAUCCGCUGAACGGGGAGAAAUGGGGCAUCACGGCCAACCUCCUCGUCUUCGAUUUCGUCGAGGCGUUCUUUGACCUGCUGCCCGGCGAGGAGCAGCUGGAAUUCAGCCGCGACCUCAAUCAGCGCCUGCAGCGCGGGGAAUCGCGCUGGUAUUUCCAGCUCGGGCGCUGGCGGCGGGAUGACUGGCCGCGUGAGCGCGACAGCCAGUUUGAUCAGAUCCUCUAUUCGCUCAAGAGUCAGGCCGAUCAGGCGCUGACCGCGCAGGACAACAGGAUUCGCAAUGGCGAAGGGGUUGAAGCGGGUGAAACGCUUGACCCCCAGAAGGUCUCGCAAUCGCUCUCCGAAGCCGCCCGCAGCCUGUGGGAGGCCGACCGGCUGCUGGAUUCUGACCUUCUGUCCAAGAAGGUGCGCCACGGGGCGGCGGUGCGCGCGGCGCGUCAUGCGCUCGAUGAAUGCCUGACCCAUUUCAAGGGCAAGCUCGAAGGUCCGUUCGUCAAGGCCAAGCCGCCCAAGGACCGCAAACCGGCGCGUGGCCUGCCGCGUCUGGGCGGCCCGGCGACGGACAAGUCGGCGCUCAAGGGCGUAUCGAACGGUCUCGCGGCGGCGAUCCGGAUCGAGAUGAUCGGCAAAUGGCUCGCCCAUGGCGGGCCGGAAAACCUCAAGAACCAGCGGGUCAACGCGCUGGACCGCGCCAGCCUGGCCGAAAUGCUGCUGCGUCUGGUCCUGUUCGGUCUGCCUGAAACCGACAGCCCUGACGAUAUCGAGGAAGCGGAAGCGGAGGAGAUCCGCAGCUAUUCCAAGAUAACCGGAGUGCGCAAGGCGCCCAACAAGGGCGGCAAGCUGCUCAACCAUGGCGAAGGCAGCCUGAUGCUGAACAUGGAUGACGAGGCCAGCGCACGUCUCGCCGUCGAUGUGCUCGCCCGUUUGUGCCAGUUCGCCACAGGCUCGGCGGGCUGCGCGCCACGCAGCCCCUGCAUCGCGAGUUUGAUCCGGUGGGCGACUUCCCGCGUCGGGCCGAAUCCGCCUUCUGGCAGCUUGCGACGAACUGGAUUCUCAUGGGUGGGGCGGGCGCCGCGCUGA